AAUACAAGAUGAUAUUUGUUGAUUUGAAACCAAAAAAAAAAAAAAAUUAUUAUGACAAAAUAUCAGAAUAAAAGUCAUAACAAUAAUGAUAUAAUUUUAUUAUUGAAUCAUUUAAAAAGAACUCUUACACCAAACGGGGCUUAGUUUCUGUAAUAUUUGCCGAUUAAUUUUAGACCGCCGUUGUAUGCUCAUAUGAACAAAAACGAAUCCAAAACUUGGAAGCAAAAUAACCGAAGAUGGGAAGUCAGCUGAAAAACCCUAAGAAGCAGUUGCAGCUAAACCCCAACUGGGCACAACUAAGCGAAAAACUCAAAAGCAAUGGCUCUAAACCUUAUUCAAAGCAUCCAGGGAAAUCAGAAACAGAAACCCAAAAAACAGUAUUAGGGAAGCGCAAAGAGAGAUCCAAUGUGGACCCCGACGAUACUCUGCCUAAUCCUCUCAUUACCACUUCAUCCGAUUUUAGUCUGACAGAUACAAUAGCUAUGGACUGUGAAAUGGUUGGCAUCAGUUCCCUGGGAAACAAAAGCGCCCUUGCACGGGUCACAAUGGUAAAUAAGUGGGGAAAUGUUGUAUAUGAUGAGUAUGUUCGCCCACUAGACAGGGUUGUUGACUUCCGUACAGAAAUUAGUGGAAUCCGACCUCGUGACUUGAGGAAAGCAAAAGAUUUCCGUCUUGUUCAGAAGAAAGUGGCAGAAAUGAUCAAAGGACGGAUUCUCAUUGGCCAUGCCUUACGCAAUGAUCUUAAGGCAUUGCUAUUAAGUCAUCCAAAGAAGGAUGUGCGGGAUACCUCGGAGUACCUACCCUUCCUAAAGGAAGGGCGUAGUAGGGCACUUAGGCAUCUUGCAGCGGAGUUUCUUGGUGUGAAGAUUCAAGAUGGGGAGCACUGCUCUAUAGAAGAUGCUCGUGCUGCAAUGCUGCUGUAUGAGAAAAACAAGAAACAAUGGGAGAAGAGUGUCAAAGAUUUCACCAGGCUCAUGCAAAAGCAGAAGAAACGUAAACCAAAAAGGAAACCAAAAGAAAAAGAAGGUUUAAAUACAAACCAUGCUGCUGCUACAUCUCAGCAUCAACUUCCCGUUAGAAGUUAAUGCUUCAGAAACAGUCCAACUAUACAUCAGUUGCUUCAUGAAAGUCUAUUAGAAAAGUUCGAUCGAAGGAAGAAAAGAGCUUACAGGAUGAUUAAAGAUAUAGAAGUGAAGAACGGAGUAGAGACAGCAAUUGUAACUGCCAUGUAUAGAUCACUCCCAUUUUGCGAAUCAGCAGCUGUGCCUGCUGCUAAAUUUUUGGCAGAAUCUAUCUUGUUUUACCAGAAGACGACAACGGAUUAGAUAGGCUCAAAGUGCUAUCUCGUGAGAUAGCUCAUGAGCCAGCUCUGUUCGCAAUUGAUUUUUCUUCAAUGAACAACAAUUGUUAUUUUGCUAUAAUAGAGGAGGAAAUUGUGUUGUAAACUUCAUUUUUGUUAUUCUUCUAGAGGAAAUUUAGCAAUGAACUAGCAGGGAUUUAUGUAGAAUAGAUUUUUUGAAUUAUUAAUGAGUGAUGUUCUCAAGAGAGCUCUCUAUAUUUAACCACUCCAUUGAGAUGGUUUUUUUUAUAUUUGUGAAAAUUUAAAUGAGUCAUUUAAUGACAUUACUCAUAUAUUAAUUUUGGUCA